GUGUUGUCCCAGGUCACCCUCAGGGACACAGCAGGAGGUGGGCACUGAGGACACCCCGGGCAGGAUCAUUCCUGGGAGCCUCCAUGAUGUGGGAACUGCGCUCCAUCGCUUUCACUCGGGCUGUCCUGGCGGAAUUCCUGGCCACGUUGGUCUUCGUCCUCUUCGGCCUCGGCUCUGCCCUGAACUGGCCCUCGGCACCGGCCCCGAGCACCCUGCAGAUCGCGCUGGCCUUCGGCUUGGCCAUUGGGACCCUGGUGCAGUCCCUGGGCCACGUGAGCGGCGCCCACAUCAACCCUGCCGUGACCCUGGGCUGUCUGCUGGGCUCGCAGCUCUCCCUGCUCCGUGCCCUCUUCUACGUGGUGGCCCAGCUGCUGGGCGGGGUGGUGGGCGCUGCCAUCCUGCACGAGAUCACCCCGGCCAGCUCCCGCCAGGGCCUGGCCCUCAACAAGCUGCACAAUGAGACCACAACAGGGCAGGCGGUGACAGUGGAGCUGUUCCUCACCUUCCAGCUGGUCCUGUGCGUCUUCGCUUCCACAGACGAGCGGCGUGAGGACAACCUGGGCUCCCCUGCCCUUUCCAUUGGCCUCUCUGUGGCCGUGGGCCACCUCCUUGGGAUCCGUUACACCGGCUGCUCCAUGAAUCCUGCCAGGUCCUUCGCUCCCGCUGUCGUUGUCGGAGACUUCAGCGACCACUGGGUGUUCUGGGUGGGCCCCCUGAUUGGGGCUGCAGCAGCUUCAAUCCUCUACAACUACGUCCUGUUCCCACAGGCCAAAACCUUCUCAGAGCGCUUGGCCAUCCUCAAGGGCUGCGAGCCUGAGCCGGACUGGGCCGAGCGCGAGGCCCGGCGGCGCCAGUCCGUGGAGCUCCACUCCCCCCAGACCCUGCCCAGGGGGAUGUCUGAGAAGGUGUAGCCCACCCUCUCCCUGGGCCGAGAGAGGAGCUGGAAACCUCUGGCAUGGUUUUAGUGCUCGUGCAGAGGAGCAUCUCACCUCUCCCCUCUCCCCCUUCAUUUCUCCUGGGGCACUGAAGCUGACUCCUCUCCUGGGGAGAUGCUGUGCUGGUCCCACCCACCUCUUGUUCCCAGCUCUCCCCAUGCCCGGGUGGUUUCUGAUCUGGGGAAGAGCCGGUAAAUCCCAACCCCACAGGAACAAGGGAUCUCCCCAGGAUGCCCUCUUCCAUGUCCCCCUCGCAGGACACGGAGCUUGGCUGAGGCUGUUCCCUCACGGAGAGCUCCGAGGAGCCUGAAGAGUGUUCAUUACCCUGGGUGUGGAGGUUGCCACCCGAUGCCUCAUUGCUCACUCUGCUCCCGUCUCCGAUCCCCGCUCAGCUCUUGGCUCACACGCAGGAGCAGGAGCAGGAGCGCUCACUCUGAGCCAUGAGCGUCACACAUGACAGGUUCUGCUGUGAAAGGGACCAAAGUGCCACUUUCCACCUGCCACAGGACACAGAGGUGCUUCCACAGGGGCUUUCCUGGGAAGACAGGACUGGGAGCAUGGCCAUGAUUCCCUGCAGGCCCCACUGGGGCACUUGCAAAUUCCCUGUCCUGUGAAAUGACAAACCCGGGUUACAGCCCAAGCUCAUACCCACCUCAUUAUUGGGCCAUGGUUGUCCUUCCUCUCCCACUGGUUUUCCCUUCUUUCGUCUGGUCCUGUUAACCCUCGGACACUCAGAUCACCUGGAACACACAAAGGAAAGAUUUCACACCCGACAUGUUUCAGGUGUGAAGAAUCAGAAUCAUGGAAUGGGUGGGAUGGGAAGGGACCUUAAACCCCACCCAUCCCACCCCUGCCAUGGGCAGGGGCACCUCCCACUAUCCCAGGCUGCUCCAAGCCCCAUCCAGCCUGGCUUUGGACACUUCCAGGGGUGGGGCAGCCACAGCUCCUCUGGGAAAUCCAUUCCAGGGCCUCCCCACCCUCACAGCCAGGAAUUCCUUCUCAUCUCCAUCACUUGCUUCUCACAUCCCUUUCUCAUAGCUGCAUCACUCCAGACCCUCCAAACCCCUGCCACCCCUUCCCUCUGCCCUGUCAGGACCUGGUCAUGGUCCUCAGCCUGGCCAAAGGAUUUGGAUUGGUCUUGGGUGAACUUUGCUCUUUCAGCCAUUGAUUUAACCCCAUUUCACUUGCUCUGCCCCAAGUCCUCCAUACCCAGAGUGAAUCCCAGCAGUGUCUCCAACAUUGCCCCAUCAGUGUCAGCCUCACCAAGAUUUCUCUGGAAAGGCUGUUAAUGGGAAUAUUCAAUGAGAUUGGGCCCAAUUAUGAAUCACAAGGGAUAAUUUAUGGAUCAUUAUGGAUAAUUUCCCUUCCCCGUUCUGACAGAACCCCUCCACCAAAUGAUACUCUUCACUCUGCUCCACUGGCACCAUCCCCUCCUCCCACCAGAUCCAUCCUUGCCUUUCUCCCCAUGCUCUUCCUCAGAUGUUGGACUGGCUGGAGGGGUAGGGAGGGAGCCCAGCUUUGAUCUGGCCUGGACCAAGUGUUUAUCAACAGCCAAUCCAUGCAAAUACCCCCAGAGGGCUUUGCCAAGGCAGCACUUCCAGCCCUGGUUUGAUCCACCCAAAAACAGGGAUUCUGCUUCCCUUUGCUCCUCGAUGGUGAAUUUGAAUUUUAGCUCAGAAGAGGCUUCUCAAAAAUUCCCUCUGUUCUCAGCAAUGAUAAUAAAAUCAUGUUUUAAGUUGA